AUGUUGAUAGUGUGGCUGCAAAAGCUGUAUUUAUGGGGUGUGUGUCCUAGUGGAGAACCAGCUUGGCCUCUCUGUGACCCUGCACAGAUCUAUGGGCAAACUGCUAUCAGUGUUACUUGCUGUGUUUACAGAACUUUCACAGAAGGUACCCUUUGUGGCUUCUGCAUCCCCCCGGAACUGACUGAAGAGAUGGCUGGAGAGGGUGCCACUGAGUUCAAAGACAUUGAAGGUGGUGGCCUGGGUGAAGGAGAGGGUGCCAAGGACGUCAGUGAUCAGAUUGAGUCAGAAGAUCAGCUGGACGAUGCAAAACAACCAGGACAAGAGGACAAGACAGAAGACCCUCAGGAACAGCCUGACAUUCCCUCAGAGGACAAUGCCAUUGAAAUGUCAGAUGACUUUGAUGGGAAACUUCAAAAUAUGGAUGAUACCGAAGGUGAUGAAGAUGAUGCUAAGGAAGAUGAAGACAUGGAGAAGCAGAUGGGCGAGGCUGAUGGAGAACAGAAUGACCGCCUGGAUGAAAGAUUGUGGGGAAGUGAUGAAGAAGAAGAAGAUGACGGUCAGGAUGAGAAGGAGAUGGUAGCCAAAGACGAUAACAAGGAUGCUUCAGAAGCCCAGGAUGACACUGAAGAUGAUGCCCAGAAAGACAAAGAGGAGAAGAAGCAGAAUGAGCUAAUGGAAGAUAACGAUGAUUAUGAUGACAACCAGGUCAACCCUCACAAUGAGGAAAAGAAAGAGGAAGAUGCUGAGAAUUUAGAUUUGCCUCCUGACCUCAAUUUGGACGAUGGAGAGAAGAACGAUAAAGAUUUUGAUGGUGAUGAUGAUGUGGAAAACAAAGAUGACGAAGAAACUAGCAAAACUGUGGAAGAAGUUCCAGAAGAGCAGCCUGAAGCUGGUCACGAUGAGGAUGUUGAAGAUGUCCAAGCAAAUAAACCUGAACCACAAGACCUGGAGGACAAUCAAGAUCAAUCAGAAGAAGACAGUCUACAGAAAAUGGCAGCAGAGAAAGAGCAGGAGGAGAAGGAAGGAGAGGGAGAGGAGGGGACAUCAGCUCAGAAGGAGAACAUUGGAGCAGCGAGCUCUGAGGACCGUGAAGGUCACCAAGGUCAACAGUCCAGUCAAGCAAGUGAGGCUUCAUCUGCCCAAGAACAAGCUGCACAACAACAAAACCCAGGCCAAUCUGACAAUGAGAGGUCCCUUGGCUCCCAUGACAAGGAGCACAGAAGGCUGAAGACAAAAGAAGACAAUGAAAGAAGGCAAACCUCCAGAGAGUAUGAGCACAUCAAGGACGCCAAGUCCCACUAUGAUGCCCAGACGGUGGACGUGGCCAGUAAAGAGCAGAUGAUGGACAAACAGGCAGUUCCUUCUCAGGUGGAAGACGAAGGAGAAGAGCUGAAGGAUGAUGAUGAUGUGAGAAUGGACACUGAAGAGGAUGAAAUGGAUGCGGCAGCCAAGCACUCUGAGAAACGGCCAACCAAGUCAAAAGAUCAGGACAAGAAAGGCAAGGCUGAAGAUGAUGCAGAGGCAGCAGCCCAGGAGCAGCAGAAGAUGGAGGUUGAAGGAGAAAGAGUGCUGACUCUGACAGCGGACAGGCCACCGGAUUCUACUGCUCACACUCUCAUGGAUAACUUACAUAUGGAUGUCAUGCCCCAUGAGGUUGAUCUUGAUGCCCUGAGAAGCCAGCUGGAGCAGUGUGUGAGCACCUGGUCGCAUCCAGAAGACACUUCACAAGAUUUGGUAGGUGCCGGUUUUAUUGUGGUAGUGUUAUAG